AUCCACUUACCAUCUUCCAGCUCUUAAGUGGCAGCCACAUUAGCAUACUUAUGUAAGUGAUAAAUGGAUGGUGAAUAUUAUUCAAGUUUUCUCCUUUGGUUUGUGAAAUUGGGGCUUUUUUAAUGUAUAUUCACUAAUACGAAAGACAAAAUAGAUAGUGCAUGUAAUAUUCUAUGAUUUUAUCGAAUUCGCCCUUGAUGUAUUUACUGAAGUUUAAUUUCAUAGCUCCCAAUUUUACAAUCAAUUCUCAUGGUUUACAGGAUGUACUCAUAAUCAAACCUCCGAAGAAGUCUUUAGUGGUAUUGAGACUAAUAGUAUUAGUCUUUUCAAUGGUGUUUGGUAUUUACAUAUGUUCAAUAUGUUCUAAGCAAAUAAACAUUCAAACCAACAACACGUUUUUAGACAUUCAAGAAAUCCAAAGGCCCUGUUACCACUCCCUCGUUGAUCGAUCACAGAUCCCUUUUUUGCAUUACCCAAAUCCCAAAACUUUUAAUAGGUUGGAAUGUGCAGGGAAUCCUGUGCGUUUGUUUGCGAUUUUGUCUAUGCAAAGAUCAGGAAGUGGAUGGUUCGAGACACUGUUGAACAGUCAUAUAAAUGUUAGCUCUAAUGGUGAAAUUUUUGGUUCGAAAAUUAGGAGGAAUAACAUUUCGGCGAUUAUUAAAACGCUUGAUCGCGUGUAUAAUUUGGAUUGGUUUACUAGUUCUUCCAAGAAUGAAUGUUCUGCUGCAAUUGGCUUCAAAUGGAUGCUUAAUCAGGGUUUGAUGGAACACCCUAAAGAAAUCGUGGACUACUUCAAUGAUAAUGGUGUGUCUGUAAUAUUUCUAUUGAGAAGAAACGUGCUUCGUAGAUUGGUUUCCAUGCUUGCCAAUUCGUAUGAUAAAGAUGCAAAAGUUUUAAAUGGAGUUCAUGUGUCUCAUGUACACUCACGCGAAGAGGCUUCAAAACUUUCUACAUACAGACCUACAAUCAACAUAACAUCACUCACAUUGGAUUUGAGAGAUAUGGAAACUACGGCCAUGAAAGCACUUGAGUACUUCAACAGUACCAGGCAUAUGAUUCUUUACUAUGAGGAUCUCAUCAAAAAUUCUUCUAAACUCAUAGAAGUUCAAGAUUUUCUGAAGCUCCCACAUAUGAAGUUGACCAGCCGACAAGUGAAGAUACACAAAGGAUCAUUAUCAGAACAUAUAAAGAAUUGGAACGAUGUUAAUAGUACUCUUUAUGGAACAACUUAUCAGAAGCUUCUUCAAGCCGACUAUUGAUUCAUGGCUAUGUAAAUGAUGGUUUAGUGACUUAGUCAACUAAUUCGUACACCACAGUAUCGAGAAAGAAAACAAAAAAAAGGUCAGUUUUGUUGUUGUAGGUUACAUAUGUUUGCUAACUUGUAUCGUUUAGGUAUGCUUAGUUUUGGUAUUCUUAUAAAGUUAGUAUCUUGCUAGCUUAUACCGUUUGUUGCAAGUGCGUAUAAGCCACUGCUGACAACCGAAUUUAUUAAGUUCCCUAGUGAAUUAAAAGUUGAGAUUGUUCGUUUUACCCAUAUUUCCUUAAGUUUGUAAUGCCAUAUUGUAAGUCUUGUAUGGAGUAGUUCGUAAUUAUAUAUAAAAA